AUGCAAGUUCAGUGUUCGUGCAACGAAGUACCUGAUAGAGGAGAAUAUUGGCAAGUUCGGACAUUCCACAAAGUACACAUCUAUACUGUUGAUGGUUUACAAGGGCGGUUUCUAACUACGAGUGCGAAGAUGAUUGGUGAACUUAUGUCACACAAGCUUCAGGCAAAUGGAGUAGCAUUGAGACCUAAGGACAUAAUUUAUAAGAUGAGGGUUCAAUGGGGAUUGAAAUGCUUGUAUGGUAAGGCUUGGCAAGCGAAGGAGUAUGUGGAGAGGCUUGUUUUCGGUCCAUCGGAGGAGUCAUUUCAACUUCUACCAUCGUAUUUUUAUAUGUUGGAACAAGAAAAUCCUAGCAUAGUGACUGCAGUAGCUACUGAUGAGGAAGAGAGAUUCAAAUAUUAUUUCUGGUCAUAUGGGGCUUAUAUUCAGGGGUUUAGGGAUGUAAUGCGUCUUAUAGUUGCAAUUGAUGCGACACAUCUGAAAGGCAGGUUCAAGGGUGUUCUGUUUGUCGUUGUAUGCAAAGAUGCGAACGAGUGCGUAUAUCCAAUUGCGUUUGGCAUCGGCCAUGUUGAGGACAAAGACUCGUGGACGUGGUUUCUUAGCAAGCUGCGUGAUGCGGUUGGUUGUCCUGAAAACACUAUGUUCAUUUCUGAUCAGCAUCUCGGCAUUAAGAAAGCAAUCCAAAAUGCAUACCCAGAAGCGCACCAUGGUUUAUGCGGUUACCACUUGAAAAAAAACUUUGAAAACAAGUUCAAGCACGAUGAUGUUUGUAUGCUUUUCACCUUUGCUCGAGAUUGCUAUAAGGUGGCCGAUUUUAACAGACAUAUGAACCAGAUACAACAGAUUCACCCGAGAGCCCACGCGGACCUUAUGAGAAUAAGGCUUGAGAAAUGGGCACGUGCAUGUUCACCGGUAAGGCGAUACCAAAUGAUGAUAUCCAACAUUGCGGAAUGUGUUAACUCAUGCUUGAAGCAUGCAAGACAAAUGUCGAUCACUGUUUUGAUCGCGUUCAUUAGAGACAUGUUCCAGCAUUGGUUCCAUGAACGGUACGAAGAGGCCGUCAAGGUGACCACGCCCCUCAGCCCUUGGGUUGCCAGGCAAUUAAGCAAAAGGUUCAAUGAUGCGCAUCGCUUUCUAGUUAAACUUAUCAAUCGAGUGGAGUUCGAAGUUAAAGACAGGAAGAUGGACGGACUUGUAAACUUGUCCAAGAAGACGUGUUCAUGUUGUGAGUUCUAA